AUGGCACACUCUUCCUCUUUUGUAACUCUGUUUUUCAGUCUUCUAAUCGUUCUUAACAUGAAAAUAGACAAAUUAAGUGGUGUAGAGGGGCUGAAAUUUGCUGAUGAUGAUCCAACGGCCGGGUUCGUGUCUCUUCCGUUAGAUGAAUCCAAUUUCGAGAUCCAACGGCCUUACGAUGUCCCAAUAAAUCAGCGCUAUUCGUUCGUUGAUGGAGUUCAUACAAUGUGGGUUUUCAAUACUGAUAAACCUCAUUCUCCCAACAGCAACACUAGACCUCGUACUGAACUCCGUAUUCAGGGUUACGACUACUCUUCGGGAGUUUGGCAAUUUGAAGGGCAUGGAUUCAUUCCAUCAACAACUUCCGGCGCAGUUGUGAUGCAAAUUUUUGGAUCAAAUGUUCAUGCAACCACUCUUAUGCUAAGAGUAUACAAAGGAUCCCUCUUCUACUACAACAAUCCUGUCUUAGCACAACACAUCUACGAUCGUUGGUUUCGACUUAACGUUAUUCAUGAUGUGGAUCAAAGCACAAUCAAAGUGUUCAUAGACGGAGUUCAAUUGUUUCAUGAGGAGGAUGAUAGAGGUGGAGAUAACCAUUUCUUCAAAUGUGGUGUGUACGCUGUGGAGGAUGAUGAUUCUCACCGCAUGGAAUCUCGUUGGAAGGGUAUCAGAGUUCUUAAAAAAAUGUAA